AUGAGCAUUUCCAUUCCCUCAGUCCAGAAAGCAGCCCUCAUCGAUAACCCUGGCGACGAGGCGCGAAUCAUCAUUCGAUCAGAUAUAUCAGUACAAAACCCUGGCGAAAAUGAGAUUUUGAUCAAGCUGGUCUGUACAGGUGUUUGUGGCUCAGAAAUCCGUGCACUUUCAGGAUGGGGUCCCUACAAUCCCAUCGUCGGCCAUGAAGGCGUAGGAACAGUUGUCAAACUCGGUCAAGACGUGAAACCGAACCUUCUAAACAAAAGAGUCGGCGUAAAAUGGCUCUACAGCGCCUGCGGAGAAUGCACAAUUUGUACGCGAGGUUAUCACAACAAUUGUCCGAAACAGCUCAACACUGGGAAACACGUCCCUGGCUCGUUGCAGGAGUACAUGAUUGUGGAUGCUAGAUAUGUAACCGAGAUUCCGGACGCUGUUUCUAGCGAGGUAGCUGCACCGUUGCUUUGUGCGGGAUUAACCAUGGCCGGGGCUGUGUCCAAACUUGAAGGGUAUGCUGAGAAGGGAGAUUGGGUCGUGAUUUUGGGUUCGGGGGGCGGUCUGGGUCAUUUGGGAGUGCAAAUUGCUGCGCGAUUGAAUGGUCUUCGAGUGAUUGCCGUAGACACCGGAGAACCAAGGCGAAAGUUGAGCUUGGAAAGCGGUGCUGAGCACUUUAUCGACUUUGUCAGCGAGAUUGUCGAACAGAGGGUCAAGGAAAUAACUGGAGAGGGAGCAGCAGCCGUUUUGGUCGUUACUGGGUCUCAAGAGGCUUUCAUCCAAUCUCCGAAUUUGGUGAGGAAUAUGGGUAUCAUUGUCACGAUUGGGUUGCCUAGGAAUGACUUUAAUAUUCCUCUCUCUGCUUCCCUUUGUUCGGCGCGAUCCCUUACUGUCACUGGUGUUGCAGUUGGCACAGAAACACAAAUGGAGGAGCUUCUGCAACACGCAUUGGCAGGCACCAUAGUUCCAGACAUAACGGUCCUCGACUUUGAACAAGUCGGAAAUGUAAUCAGGGAUCUCCAAGACCAGACAAUCACAGGAAGGGUGGUUCUCAAAAUACCAUAA